AUGGAUCUCGCCUCUCAAUUACACUCCUCUAUUCUCUCCCAAUCACUCCCCCCUCCAUCUCAAACCUUUGUCACCUCUCUCAUCGCCACCCGCAACCCCCCUCCCCCAUUGGCUUCUCUUGUCGCAACGGCCAAAUCUCGCCUCUUAGCCUGUGAUCUGUCCUCCUCUCCUUCCCUUGACUCGGCGUCCUUGGCCGUCUUCCCCGCGGGUGUCGAGAACACCCACCUGCGCGAACAGUCACUCCAGCGCGACACCCAUGUCCAGGUCCUCGAUGUUGAGAAUCUGAGUCUCAGCCGCUGGGAGCAGAUCGAGGAGCUCGAGUCGGUUGAGAAGGGGGAACGCACGCGCGGCAGGGAGAUCAUCAGAGUCACGGCCGACCAGGACGGCAGCGGAGAGCCGCAGCAGCGGGCGACGCCUUCUAACGCCACGCACCGGCUCGUUCUCCAGGACCGCAGCGGGAAGAAGGUGUACGGGCUGGAGCUCCGGCGAGUCCCCCAGAUCGGGGUGGGGAAGACCAAGAUCGGCGAGAAGCUGAUCCUCAAGGCAGGGACUCGGGUGGCUCGGGGCUCCGUGAUGCUGACUCCGGAGACAUGUCAAGUACUGGGAGGCAAGGUGGAGGCGUGGCAUAGGACAUGGACAGAGACCCGGAUAGCGAGGUUGAAGGAGGCAAUUGGAGGUGAUCAGCGUCAAUAA